AGAUGAAGUAAUUAUAGAUACGUAGCUCUUGAUGGGCCUAGGAUUUAGAGCGUCUGGCCAGAUACUACUAGUGCCUUACUUCUGUGCUCCAACGGUACCCAACUCAAGUUUCGUUGACUGCCCCGCAACUCUUUUCCCUCACCCAAUUACCUACAUAGCCUAACUUUCCUGUGUCUUUGACCUACAAGUACAAAAUACUUUCCUUUUGGUGCUGACCGUGCGGGUAUGUCAGACGGCAUUCCACGAGCACCCGCUGACGUGAAAAAGAAUUCUGAAGAAUUCUGAAGGAUGCUAAAUUAAGGUGCUUACUCCCCGGCCCGAAAGGGUCCACCCCUCCGCCAUAAGGUACCUACAUAGUAUACGUCCCUGAUGUACAUACGUAACUCCGAGCAGGCAAUCGGAGUUAUGUCUCGAUUGUCAUCGUCGACUUCUUCCAAGCGUCGUUGAAAGAUCGCAGCCAACUCCCUCUAUGGAAGUAUUGACUUGUAAUUAAUGGAAGAGGAUUCUUACUCCUCAACAAAAAGCAUUGCCCAAAUUGGUAUUCCCUCUUCCCUCAACAACCACCUCACACACGCUGGCACCCUUCGGCUCGCGUCCUUGGACAGCAGAUAUAUAUAUCCCCCUUUACGCUACUGAACCACACAGGGAGGGAGGGAGGAAGGGAGGGAGAGAUGGCUUUUCUCGUGCAAUGAGAGUAGCUGACGUGAAUGGUUCCCAACAAAUUCCACGGUGCGCAGACCAUCUCGCUAUCCGUGGUCCUCGGUCUCGCCACGCUCAUACUACACCUGGCGCUCCUCCUUUUUGUUGCUGAAAUCAUGUCUCGCCGGCAAACCGCGAGACAGAGAGAGCAUGACUCGCUGGGGGCGGCGCUGUUCGCCGGUACUAUAUUAUACUGGAUUGCCGGCCUCGCGUCGAUCCUGUAUCCGGGCACGGACUGGGUGGACCCCGAAUUCGGCCCGUCCGGCGUUCCGCCGGCGCAGAUUCCUGUCUUUGUCGGGUUCGCGUCCGCGGCUGUGCUCGGGUGGAUGCUUGACCGUCGACAUUGAUGCGGGGAAAGAGUCUCGUGUUUUUGCACGGAAUGAACAUCGACAGUCUAAGCUGGUGUGGCUGUACUGAUGCGGGUCUAACAUGAUUGGACCCGUUCCGCUCAUGGCAGGCCGUGAUGAGACGUCUGGUGGUAUCGUUGUACGAAGUAAUUAGUAUUGAUGCAUGCCUUCUCCUUUACUGGUUCCUAUUCAUUUUUUUCUUUUCUUAUUUUUACCCUCUCAUAAUUAU